AUGGCAAAGAGCCUGGGAAAAAGGGUGCUGGAAUUGCUAACAGCGACAGACCCUGGUCUUGUAAAACUUGAUGAGGCAAGGGCAGAUCAGUUACUGGGCCUAGCCAACAAUGCCCUUCUGAAUUUUGCAGAUUCCACAGAAGUGAUCUUGGAUCCAACCACUGCCCACCCAAAGCUGAUUAUCGCUUCUGCAGGCGACCGUGUCACUUACACUAAUGUAAGGAAGGAUGUCCCUGAACACGAGGGAUGCUUUGACACCACCCUUAAUGUCCUCAGUGUUCAGAGCUGGAACUCUGGACACCAUUACUGGGAGGUCGAUGUCGGUGAGAAGAUCUAUUGGGAGCUGGGUCUCACCUACCCCUCUAUUCCAAGAAAAGCUCAAAAGGAGGACUGCUGGUUGAGCUGCCACUCCUGGUGUCUUGAGUACUUUUAUGGAGACUACACUGCGUGGCACGGAGGUACCCCACAUCCUUUAUCCGUCUUAGCAGAUUUCCGCCGGAUAGGGAUCCUCUGCAGCUUUCCUCGAGGUUUGGUGACAUUUGCAGUAGUGGAUAACACGACACCACUGUACUCAUUCCGUGCUGGGACAUUUACAGACCCUUUACAUCUGGCUUUGUGCCCUGGUCAUGAUCUUCAAGGGACUAAUUCAAAACCCUUUUAGGAUCUUUCAAUCAUAAGUAUUUUAAAAAACCCUACAUGGAUCAUGCAAGCUGAUCCCA